AUGGAGAUACAUGUGAAGCAGUGCAAGCAGCGCAACAAACGACGGGAGCGGGCCCAACGUAUGAUCGCCGAACGGGACAAGGAUGCGGCCGCGGACGGUACCGGCAACCGAGAUCCGGACGACAGUGCGGACGACGACAGCGGGCCGGUAAGCAGGGAGAAACCCCACAGGCCACCCGUCCGGCGGAAGCGCAAGGAGAAGGAACCGUCGCCCGUGCUCGAGGAGGACAUUAUCGAUGGGUUCGCGAUACUCGCGUUCAAGACGUACGAAGAUAUUGAGUUUGCGAUAAAGGUCGCCAACAAGCGCAAUGAGAAGCGAUUGUCGUCGAUCGUGGAACUGACAACUGUGAUGGUGCCGGAGGAGAAGCCACCGAAGAUAAUCGACACCACACCGUCGAAGCUGUCGGACAAAUCCCUCAGCGGUGGUGUACCGGUGACGAACAAGAACAACAACAGCAUUAACAAUAGUGAGAACCAUUCCGCAACCGUCACCACAGGUGGCGCCACCGGUACGGCUGGUGCGGGUGGUGGAGUCGGUAGCGGGGGCCUGGUGAGCAAUGCAAACGGUGGCGACUGGUCGCCGGUCAACAGUGCCCACCAUCAGCUACAUCACCUACAGCAGCAGCAACAGCAUCAUCUGCACCAUGGUGUGGUGGGACCACCGGGUAGCGUUACCGAACGCACACCGAACGGCGAUGGUAUUAUGCUGCACAACUCCAGCCCAACCGGUAAUGCGGUGGGGGUUGAACGGGGAGGAGCGGUGCGUGGUACCGGCGGUGAUAUGACGUUGAUGCCGGCGAAUGGCGGUACACCCGGUGCCGGGACCAAUCAUCACAAUCACCUCCACAACAGCCACGGGCACCAUAACCAUGGGCUCCACAAUCACCUUCACCCGCACCAUCAUAACAGCCGGAACCACAAUCAUCAGCCGCAGCAGCAACAUUCGCCACCGCAGCAACAGCAGCAACCAUUCGCAUCCGUACACCAUCACGCGCAUCACAACCAUCAUGUGGUGAGCAAUGGGAGUGUGCCGGGUGUGACGGGCACUGGUGGUGACGGUACGGGCAGUAAUGCUAGCAGUACCGGUGCUAGUGUCACAAACAGCAACGGUGUCAAUGGUGAUCCGGGCACGGCUGGAGCGUUGUCCGCAGGCAAUGGGCAGAACAGUGUGACCGUAACGCCCGGUAACGCCAACAAUCGGAGUAGCAGUAGUAGUAGUAACAGUAGCAGCAGCAGCAGCGGCAGUAGCAGUGGUAACAGUAGCAGCAGCAGCGUUAGGGUUGCCAACAGCAACAAUCGAAACAGCAGUAGUAGCGUACCGGCUAGUGGUAGUAGUAUCAAUAUGAACAGCAGUAGUAAAAACCAUAGCAACAUCUGUUCGCUAAAUAAUCUCACCAUUGCCGCGAUCAUUGCGAAUGGUCCGCCGCGACGUAACGUCAACGGCAGUGCGGCAAACGGUGCCGGCGUACCGGCCGGCAACACCACGAACGGUAUCAGCAGCAGCAGGAGUAGUAGCAACAACAGUACGGCCAGCAAUACCAGCGGUGGUACGCUGACCAGCAAUACCGGCAGUACCAUGAACACACAUCAUCCAAACCACCAUCAACUUCAUCAUCCGCAUCAUCAUCACCAGCAGCAGCAGCAACAGCAGCAGCAGCAGCAAAGUCACCAUCUUCAUCAUCAACAGCAACAGCAGCAGCAACAGCAGUCGCCUCAUCUUCAACAUCAUCCUCACCAUCAACAGCACCAUCAACAUAACCAUCAUUUAUCAGCGGUACAUAAUCUUUCUCUAUCUUCGAUCAUCGAUCCGGGCACGUCCGACGACAGUGGGCGCGCCUCGGAGCGACUGACGACGUCCUCUGUGGCCCAGCGGGAUCCGGACAGUUCGCGAGACCGGCUCAGCGAUGCUAGCAGUCGCUGUAGUUCCGGUAAAGGGUAUAUCUGUGAUAGCGAAGGAGACGAUGACAAGGUAAGCAACUGGUGUGAGGAUGUCACUUCGCAUGUGCUAGAGGGAAAGCUCCCGCGAAGGAAGGUAUCGAAUGGACCAUUGGGUACGCAUUUGACACCGAUUGGUGGUGGCCACCAAGCAGCAGCGUCCCCGCAGCAGCAACAGCAACAUCAAGGAUCGCAACAGCAGCCACCACAGCCGUCCGCAUCGCCGCAGACGGCCGGCAUAAGCAAUAAGCCGCUGUUGCCGACUGCAUCCGCCAAGAUUCCGGCCGCCGGUGUCCUGCUGCUCAGCACAACGGCGGCCGCCACCUCCGUAACGACAGCAAUAUCAACCUCCCAGAAGCAGCAGGCGCCGCUGGUAAGCAGCGCGCCGCAAUCGCCCGCCCAGUCGCUGGCGGUUGCAUCACCGGCGGGUGGCUUGCAGGCCCCGUCAACACCGCUCCAAUCUCAGCCACCGCUGUCGCCCCAGCAGCAGCAAGCGCAGCAAACGCAGCAGCAACAGCAGCAGGGCCCGCAUCCAGCGGCGUCCACCACCAGCGCGGGUGGUUCGCUGAAAUCAGUAUUUCUUGGCGUCGGCGCGGGCCCGAAUGGUGGCGCCGGCAGCACCGCCAACACGCUCAUGUCACCGUCGGCCGGUGCGGCUACCAGUUUCUCGAACAGCCUAGGGCCGGGCGGUCCCGGCCCGGUGGCGGCCACCAACAGUCAUCAUCUGAGCGGGAGUCUGGCCGGUGUCGUCGGUCCGAAUGCGGGCGUUGUGGGCAGCAGCGCGAGCAGUAACGGCAGUGCGGCCCCAUCCUCGCUGCCGCUCUCCGUGCCGCACACACCUCCGGCCGCCACACCAGCGACGGCCGCCGGCCAAACCGGUGCGGUGCAUCCCUCGCUGGAGAGCACCACUGUUGCCACGCCGUCGUCCGCGUCCUCCUCCAUCCCCUCCUCUUCCCUGGCGUCCGCAUCGGCGGCAGCGGCGGCCGCAGCGGUUGCCGCGGCAUCGACCGGCGGUUUGCGCACCAACAGCCCGGCCGUGCCCGGUGGCGGCAGCGUGCCUUCGCUGUCUGCGACAGCCGGCCCUACCACCGCCUCCCUGCUGAACGGUAAUCAUGCGGCGGCCGUCGUUGCAGCGGCUGCCGCGGCCGCCCACCCAUCGAUGAUGAUGGCGAACGGGCUCGGCAGUUUGCCACCGGCCUACCGGGCGUAUCCGGGCUACCCGAUCUACUCACCGUACGGCAGCUUUCAGCACAACCCGUACCUGCCACCGUCGGUCACCUCGCCAAACUUGUCGCCCCGGCUGCAUCCGGCCCUGACGCCCAUGCCGCCCCACACGCUCAUGGGUCUCGGGCUGAUGGAUGCCCGGCUGCAGCCACCGUUGGGCGCGGGCCCGACCAGCAACGGUCCAACCGGCGCCGGUCGACCAUCGGACCGCGACCCAUCCCCGCUGAUAGCGGCCGCCCAGCAGCAGCAGGCGGCCGCGGCGGCGGCGGCGGCGGCAGCAGCCGCCCAGCAGAAGGUGCGCCCGAUCACGCCGAACGCCAACUCCAGCUCGAGCAACAGCUCGUCCUCGUCAUCGUCCUCCUCUUCCGCCUCGUCCGCGGCCGGCAGCAGUACGUCUUCCGUCACGAUCGUCUCGAGCACGGCACCGUCGGCCGGCCCACUGCAUCCGGCGGCGACCACCACCGACACGUCACUUCCUCCGCAUUCCUCCCAACCCCCGCACCGGGACGUUGUCGGGCCGCACGCAGGCCACGCACCGCCACCGCCACCCCACCCCGGUCUGCAUCUCGGCGGUGGGCCACCACCACCACCGCCCGGUAGUGGGGGUGGACCACCUCCACCACCCUCCCAUCAUCAUCUACUGCCACCGACGCAUCCGGGUGCGGGUGGUCCGGGCAUGUCGCCGCUGCUCGUUGGCCACCAUCACCACCCGCUGGUGGUGGGUGGACCACCACCACCACCGCCGGGGCUUAUUCCUCCCGGUGGGCCCCCGUCCCAUCUGCACGGGAGUGGUAGUGGUGGUGGUGGGCCAAACAGUAUUAGUGGGCAUCCGCAGCCGCCCUCUUCCAGCAGCAACAACAACGGUGGCAGCAACAGCAGCAGCAGCAGUAGCAGCAGUAGUGGCAGUGGAAACAUUAUUGUCUCUUCGCGUCCUCACUCGCCUCGGGGUCAUAGUCCGAACAGGGAAAGAGAUAGCUAUAGUAGUAACGUAAGUAGUUUAUCGCGCUCGACGCCCGGCUCCACCAUACCUGCGUACAGUGCUGGUGGGCCGGCUGCGAGCGGUGCUGUUGCCGGUGGGCCAUCGCCAGUGCUGCCAGCGUUCGGUGGCGGUUCGGGGCCGCAUUCGGCCGCCCUGGGCGUGCCGUCGGUGGCCAUAUCGGUCGUCUCUUCUAGUCUCACUUAUCCUAAAACUACGCUGGCGAUCGGAGGCACCAUCAUGUCUUCCGCCUCCACGUCCUCCUCCAUCUCCUCCACCUCCGCGUCCACCACGGGCAGUGGUGCGGGUGGGCCGGGUGUUGUGCCUCCGGGGUGGCCACCGGGCGUAGCCGUCCCCGGGCAACCCACCGUCGUAUCAAUAGCAUCCCACGUCAACUCGCCCGCGGCCUCCUCCGGCGUACAUAACAGUUCGUCCUCGUCUUCCUCGUCUACGGUCGGGUCGCAUCACCACCAUCACCACCAUCUCCAGCAGCAGCAGCAGCAUCAUCAUCACGCACGUCCCACACCACCACCACCGUCAGUGGGCGAUCGGGCCGGUGCAACGUCCACCUCCAUUGCGGUGUCGUCGCCUUCGACGUUUCCGGCGGCGCCACUGUUCGCCACACCGAUUCCACCACCGACCAGCGUUGCUCUGGCCAGUCCGGCCGGGGCCGGUUUGUCGGUGGCCAGUGUCGCCGUCUCAUCUGCACCGGGUGCCGCCGGACCACCACCCCCACCAGCACCACCACCCGCCACGCAUCCGCAUCCAUUCUCGGCCGAAUCUCUCUUCUCCACAAAAGCUUCCGACCAGGCAGAUAUGUUACGGCGUGAGCUAGACAACCGGUUUCUGGACCGUAGCGGGCUAACUGCGGUGCCACCCGGGCCACCGUAUCUGCGCCAAGAGCUGCACCACCAUCAACACCAGCACACGCAUCUGCAUCAACACCAGCAUCAGCCGAUGCUGCCCGGUGCGGCCGGAGGCGCACCAACGCUCUUUCCGCCGCCCCUCUUCAAGGACGUGCCUAAAAUCGGUGCCGUCGAUUCGCCCUUCUACCGUACGGGGAUCGGGAUGCCGGCAUAUCCGGGCUAUCCGCCCGGUCUGCUACAUCCCGGGUUGAGCGGACCGACGCAGUUCGUGCCACCGAGUCAUCUACAAUCGUUCGUGCCGAAGCAACAGACGCCACCGGUCGAUCCGAACAAAAAGAAAACUGGAAAGUGGAACGCAAUGCAUGUGCGUAUUGCAUGGGAAAUUUAUCACCAUCAGGCGAAACAGAACCCGGACAAGGCGGCUUCCAUCAAGACGGCUUCGGAGAUGUUGCGGCCACCGUCGCAUAUGUAUCCACCGUCGGCGGCCGCCGCUGCCGCAGCAGGGCUGGUACGACCGCACGACCUACCGUCGUCCACGUUCCCACCAGGAGGCCUUCCCGGGCGACCGGGUCCAUACGAGUCGACACCGUUGCCGCCCAGUUUCAUGAGCUCCCCGGCUAGUCACAUAGGCGUUUCACCAUUUGGGCGGUAUGCCUCACCGUACGGUGGUUCACCGUUCAGCGGCCUAUCACCCUUCUCGCGAGAUAUACCGAUGGGAUCGCAGAUCCCGGGAUCGCUACACGAUCCGUGGCGCAAUGCACUACCACGUAGCGUUAGUAGCUUUCCACCUGGACCGCAACCCGGAGCGGGUGGUUCGUGGCCACCGAUAAAGCAAGAUCCGGGCCUGGCGGCCGAAACGGCCCGCCGUGAGGCGGAGGAGCGCGAACGGCAACGGGAACGUGAGGAGCGCGAACGUGAACGGCAACGACGGGAGCGGGAAGAGCGCGAGAAGCAACGUGAACGCGAACGGGAGGAGAAGCUCCGUAAGGAGCAGCAGGAGCGUGAGCGGGAACGGGAACGUGAGCGGGAACGCGAACGCAAGGAAAAAGAGCGACGUGAUAUGGAAAGGCGAGAAAUGGAGCGUGAGCGGAUGUUGCACCAACAGCAACGGGAAUCGAAGGCAGCGGCGGCGGCGGCUGCUGCUGCAGCCGCUGUUGCCUCGAUCAAUCGGGAUCGGUCGCCGCUUCGGAACGGCACCGAGCUGGACAUUCGGAUCAAGGAGGAACCCCGAAAGGAUGAUGAGUUGCUGUUGCGGAGCCAUGCAGCGGCGGCCGCUGCCGCAGCUGCCAGCGAUCCGCGCUACCAUCCGUCGAUGAUGCCACAUCACUACAUGGCCGGUCGGCAUCCGGCCGCCCAUAUGCUUCCCGGUGGCCAUCUGUCACGCUCAAUGCUACCCCCGUCGAUGGGGCUACCGACGCAUUUUCCACCACACGGGUCCUGGGGUCCGGAUCCGUUCCGGGACUAUCGGCUCGAUCCGCUGCACCAUUCGCUGCGCUACAACCCACUGAUGGAUGCGUACCGGGCUGAGGAAGCGAAGGCGUCCCUGCUGUAUGCAGCCCAAACGGCGGUACACUUCCGAGGUAAGGAACCCAGCCCAGUGCCACCGCCGCAGCAACCACCUCAGCAACAGCAGCCACCACCACCAUCGCACCAUCGUCUACCACCCGGUGCAGCACCACCUGGUAGUGGUGGUGGCACGGGAGGUGGAGGAGGAGGAGGACCACCCGUUGGUCAUCCGCCCGGAUCCGGUACGCCCGGUGCGACCGGUGGUCCGCCCGGUUCCCUAAAGGCACACGGUUCCUCCACACCCACGAAUGGACCGGGCGUAAUGGGCGGUACACCCGGCGGUGGACCGGGUGGUGGGGGCGGUGGAGGCCCACCACCGUCCGCUGGCGGUUUACCACCCUCGUCCGUACCCACGGCACUGCCCGCAUCGAUCGAUAUGCACAAAAAGGAAGACACCUGCCAAUCCCGAUGA